AGUAGAUUAGUUCGAAAUGUCUUUGUCCGGGAAAGUUGUAAUUGUGACUGGAGCUAGCUCGGGUAUUGGUGCCACCACAGCAGAAUCCUUUGCUCGUCAUGGAGCUAAGGUAGCACUCGUCGGACGAAAUGAAGCCAAUUUAAAAGCCAGUGAAGCGGCCUGCAAAGCAGCCAACGACAAAGCUGAGUUACUGCUCAUCAUUGCUGACGUGACAGUGGAUGCGGAGCGUAUUAUCAGCGAAACAGUGGGCAAAUUCGGACAAUUGGAUGUGCUGGUGAAUAACGCCGGCAUAGGUGCCUUUGGCAGUAUCUUGGACAUUGCCGUCGAUCAAUUCGAUGCGAUUUUAAAUACCAAUUUGCGUUCAGUUUUUCUUUUGACUAAAUUCGCCGCACCACAUCUAAUUAAAACGAAGGGUAACAUUGUGAAUGUCUCGAGUGUCGCCGGUCUGCGUGCAUUCGCGGAUUUCUCCGUUUACUGCACUUCAAAGGCGGCGCUUGAUCAAUUUACCAGAUGCAUUGCUCUCGACUUGGCACCGCAUAAUGUGCGCGUGAAUGCGGUCAACCCUGCUGUGAUAAUAACGGAUUUUUCCAUACGUAUGGGAGUGUCGAAGGAAGAUUAUGCCAAAUAUUUGGAGCAAUGUAAAUCGACGCACGCUCUGGGACGCGUAGGUUCUACAAAAGAGGUGGCUGAUGCUAUUAUUUUCUUGGCUAGUGAUACCGCCAGCUUCAUAACGGGGACAACUUUGCCUGUCGAUGGAGGGAAAACUUUGUUGUGUCCACGUUAAAUGUAGUUUUAAACAAAUUAAAAUAAAAAUAAAAAUUAUUUUUUUUGUAAAUUUGCCAAAACAUAAUUUAAAUUUGUUAAAUUUGUUGAAUUUCAUAA